GAGCAGGCACCCAGCGCGCCGCCCCUGCGGGGCUGGGCGGGGGGCUACCAGGGCUGAACACGGUGAACCUGCCCUUCCCGCCCAUCGCCCUGGCUGACCUCUCCUCCCACCCGCCCGCCGUGCUGCGCUCGCUGCUGCUGCUGCACCUGCUGCUGCGCCUGCCGGGGGUGCCCCAGCAGCUGGAGGAGCGCCUGGGCGACCCUGCAUUUGUAACGGAGGCCGUGCGGGCGAGCGCCCUGCUGCAGGGGCAGGUGGACGGCAACGAGGCGCUGCGCUCGCUGCUGGGGGAUGCUGCCGCGCUGCGGGGGAUGCUGAGUGGCGAGGGGCUGGAGGGGCUGACCAGAGCGGGCGUGGCGGAGGGGCAGCUGGUUGGCAGCAUGGGCAUGGUCAGGCGCCUCAUGGGGGGAGGGGCGGGGGGAGGGGCAGCAGGGGCGACUGGUGGUGCGGAGACAGCAGCAGGUGGGGGUGCAGGUGGAGCAGGGGCAGCAGGUGGAGCAGGGGCAGCAGGAGCAGCAGGAGGGGGAGCAGGUGCGGGGGGCGUGGGGGAUCUGGAUGCACUCAUGCGAACUCUCAUGGGCCCAGCCAUGGCUGCAGCAGCGGCAGGGGGAGGGGGCCUGGGAGGUCUGGGAGGGCUGGGAGGGCUGGCUGGGUUGGGAGGGUUGGGAGGGUUGGGAGGAGGGGUGGUGCCUCCGCCUGGGGUAGCGCCGGAGGAGUUUUAUGCGACGCAGCUGGGGCAGCUGAGGGACAUGGGGUUUGGCAACGAGCAGGACAACAUUGCUGCACUCAGGGCCACUGGGGGCAACGUGCAAGCAGCCAUCGAGAGGUUGCUGGGAGGGUAG